ACCAGGGUCAAAGUGGGGGCAGGCAGGGCAAGAUGGGCAAGGAGAUAGCCAUAUAUGGGAAGCAGGAGGCGAUGCCUGUGGCAGGAGGCGUGUUGUGGCCUCCGAUGCCGCGUGCAGCGCCUCUGGAUGGUAUCGGUGGCGUGUUCGGUGACGAUGGAGGUGACAUCGGUGACGAUGUCCGGGCGGAACACGUGGGCGACGCCAGAGGGAGGAAUGGGCUUGGCCUUGGCCGGGCGGCACUUGACGCAGAAAACACCAGAGAGUGGACAAGCAGAGAGGACAUGCUUUGUUCUUCACAUGGUGCUGUCGUGGUGGUCCUGGCUCUGUUGGUGUUGGCGGUAGUGGUCGGCCAAGUCGCGGCGCUGCCGGUACCAGCGGCGUCGGUCUGUGACUCGCUCGAGUCGCUCUCGGGCUCGUGCGCAUCGGCGUGCUCGGGCAUGGGCAUGAUCCUCCACCGGACUUGCCGGACGGGCUGCCCACCGCAGGUUGGCGUCGCUUGUCGCCUCCGAUGGCUGAUGGCAAACUUUAUGGUCGGCCAGCCGCACGCUGCGAAGAUGCUUCCGGCGGCGUUUGAGGCGUGGCGGUCGGGAGCCGAUGGCGCCCUGUGUUGUUUAUGGCCGGCGAUCACGGGACGGGCAAGUCGACGGCGGCAUCGAUUCUGGCGCAUGCUAUGUUUCCGCAGCGUGGCGAGUCGCAUACACUCGCUCGCGAGGACGGGUUGCUCCCUCUUGGCGUGCUCAAGCGCGACGGCUGGUCGUUCAAGCUCCGGCCGCAGAGCGACGGCGCGCCGCCGCCGCGUGCAGCGGUUGACGCGCUCAUUGACGAGAUUUAUGGCGAUGUGGUGGCACAGCUCCGGGUCUGCCCCUCGUCGCUCAUCAUCUUUGACGAGCUCCACAGGGUCCACCCGGACAUCAUCCGGUCGCUGGCGCGGUUUACCGAGACGCCGUACGUGAUGGAUGGCGGCGAACGGGUGCAGACGUCGCGGGCGGUCUUUGUCUUUAUCUCUGAUUUUGGCAAAGAGUCGAUGUCGGCUCAUGACACGUACGAUGAGCUUGUGGUGCGGGUCCGCAGCCUCGUCAACGCCGUGUACGGCACUGCUGCCGACGCGGGCGUCGACGUCAACCGAAUGUUCUCUUACGCCAUCCCGUUCCUCCCGCUUGAUCACGAGGCGCUGUUGGGAGUGGCGGCGAUUGCGCUCGCGGAGCUAUCAUCGCAUCCGGCGCUGGUAGAGCGUGGCGUGGUCGACGUUGUGAUCGAUCCAGGAGUCCGACACUAUGUGGUCCGGCACGCGCUCGACCCGUCUGCACUCCGGGAGUCGCGGUAUGGGCGCGGUGUCCGCGAGGCCGUCCGCGACCAUGUCAUGCUCCGACUCCUUGCUGCUGUCCCACUCUCUGCUACCGAGACUAGUCCGCUGAGCUCGAGCUCGGGCGCCGUGCUGUGGCUUUCACGGCUGUUGAGCAUGUUCGUCACACCGCGGACGCAACCGCUUUACCUCCACAUCACUGGCGGCGAGAGCCCUGGCUCGGACAUCUUCAUCCACUCGUACACCUCGCAUGCGGUCUUCUGCCGCGACACGAGCCAGGUCCGCGCUCUCAUCGCCAGCGAGCGUGCCGCCCUUCUGCAUAUUAUCGCCUUUGGGGUGGCCUACGGUCCGCCACUCCCGCCGGCCUCGGUCCUCGCUCUCGCCCGCUCGUCCAAGCGGCUGUACUACGUAUUUCUGGCGGAUCCGUUUGCGGCGGCGCGGAUGCACACAUCACUUGAUCUUGAUCUGACGGUCCGCUACAACCUGUGGUUCGCCACACGGUCGAUUUUGAGGGCGCAGCUGAAGAUGAGUCGGAAGCAGGCCGUGGCCGAGGCCGGACCGUCGGCCUCCCUGGUCUCUGCGCCGUCACCCGAGUCGCAGCGAGGACAUCUUUUGGGCGAAGUUGUUUCGGAGGUGCGGUAUCGGUGUGGGCUGGGACCGCGGCGGGCGCACCGGAGCCGAGCCGAGCGGAUGCGGGCGCUGCCGCGCGGACGAUCGUACCUGGGGCCGGCGUCGCCGCCGCGAUUCGUGAUGGAGGCUAUGUCGUCGUUUGAGACGUGGCGGCCGUGGGAGGUGCGACGGCCGGAGGCGCCGCCGUGGGCAGCGCCGGUGGAUGUUGGCGGGCGAUGGGCACGGCCGUCGUCGAUCCACGAGUACGCGCUUUGGGGUGCGGUCGCGGUGGCGUCGGGCUCGCUCCAGGCGCCGGCGGCGCGUGAUGUGGUCGAUAUUCUCCUCAUGGCUUCGGUCGAGAAAGACUCGUGGGAGCUCGGUGCAGCGCUGGUGCUGGCGGCCGAGGCCGGUAACUUUGACAUGGCAGCGGAGCUGCUGGAGCACGAGUCGUGCGCGGUGGCGACUCGCGAGUACGCCGCAGUGGUGGCGGCGGCGGCGGCUGAUCGCGGCAACUUGCUGGCGCGAAUGCUGGAGCGAGUCGGUGGCAAGUACGAUUUUACAACCGGGAACCGGGCACUGGCAGCAGCGGCGGCGGCCGGAUCGUGUGACGCGGUGGCGGUGCUACUCGCCGAUGGCCGGAUUGAUCCGGAAGCGGACGGGCAGCGGGCGCUGGAGGCGGCAACGCGUGCCGGCCACGCAGUAGUGGCUGCCCAGCUUGUGACCGACCCGCGAUUCGAUGCCAACCACGCGCAGGGCGCGGCGCUUGUGUCUGCGGCGCUCCAUGGGCGCGACGAGGUGGCGGCGCUGCUGCUGGCUGCGCCGACGAUCGAUCCGGACGUGCGCGGCGGUGAGCCGCUGCGGGUGGCGGCACAGGGUGGGCAUGCUGGUAUUGUGGCGCUCCUUCUCGGCGACAGCCGGGUGGAUGUGGCACGCGAUGGGUACGCGGCGUGGGCCCUUGCUGCAGUCUCUGGUAGCGCGGAGACGGUCGCGGUGUUCCUCGCUGACGGGCGAGUUGAUCCGAAUGUGAGCGACGGGUACGCGCUUGUUCAUGCGGCUGAGCUGGGGCAUGUCGACGUGGUUCGCGCAUUGCUCGGCGAUGUGCGGACGGAUGCAAGCGUGCGUGGAUACGAGGCGCUCAUUGCGGCCGCGUGCAAUGGGCACGGCGCCGUGGUGGCGCUUGUGGCAGGUGCCGGUCCGGUGCCGGCAGUGGUGCUGGCUCAAGCGCUCGAGUACGCAGGCGAUGAGGGCCACGACGAGGUUGUAGCGAUGCUAGCGGGGUGGAAGACAGGGGAGCAGGUGUAAUAUGGUGUAGCUGGACGGAAUGAGGCUAAAGGACCUUGACGCCAAG